AUGCCCAAAAAGACAUCCAACUCCAAGCAGCAGCAGCAGCCCCCCUCAUCCACCCCCAAAUCCCAUCUCCAACAAAAACACCAGCAGCAGCGGCAGCAACCCCCCAACUGGCCUCCUCUCCGCCCACUCAUCCCAUCCACCUCUCUCACCCUCGACCCUCUCGUCCCCGACCAAAUCUACCUCAUCCGGAACUUCUUCCCCUCGACGCUCUGCAAAACCUACACUUCAUUCCUGGCCUCCCUGCCACUGACCACCACCCCGGGCAAACCCAAAAAGGGCGAUGCAGUGCGAGUCAAUGAUCGGUUUCAGAUCCAGGAUGAGGGGUUCGCGGAGGGUCUUUGGUCGGGGACGGCGCUGAAGGAGAUGGUUUUGAAUGCGGGGGCAGAUGAUGAAGAUGAAGAAGAGGAAGCAAUGACAAGAGAUAUGAAAGACAUCUGGGGCGGGGAACCUAUUGGACUGAAUGGGAAUAUCCGUAUAUAUCGGUAUUCGAAGGGGCAGUUCUUCGAUAAACAUUAUGACGAUUCAAAUGCUAUCACUUUCUCCUCGCCCGGUCGUCCGCCCCGUGCGGCCCGCACGACUUGGACGCUCCUUAUCUAUUUGACGAGCUGUGAGGGAGGGGAAACUGUCUUCUAUCCAGAGGCGACCCGGACCAAUCGCAAUCCGGAGCCUGUAUCGGUCGCUCCGGUGCCGGGAAUGGCGCUGCUGCAUCGGCAUGGGGAUCGGUGUAUGUUGCAUGAGGGGAAGGAGGUGCGGGAGGGGGAGAAGUGGGUGUUGAGGAGUGAUUUGGUGGUUGCGCGAUGA